CUCAGCGCGGGGCUGCGGCGCUGGGAGGCUGGUGGUGCAGAAGCCCAGGAAACGGUAAGCGCGCUGUCCCCCUGGCGCUACACCCCAGAGGGCGCCGCGGCGCUGGCCUGGGGCCUGUCACGCGUCGCGCCCGGCCGCGCGCCGGCCAGGCUGUGGGAGGCGCUGGAGGCCGACGCGGCGCGGCGGAUGGGCGCGUUCCCGCCACGCGCGCUCGCGCUGCUGUUGUGGGCGCGCGCGGCAGAGGGGCGCGGCGGCGGCGGCAGCGGCGAUGAUCUGCUGUUCACAGCGCUGGAAGCAGAGGCGCCGCGAAUCGCGUCGGACGCGCUGCUCAUCGACUGCGCCAUGGUGCUGUGGGCGCUGGCGAAGCGCCGCCGCCGCCCACCGCCGGGGCUGGUCCUGCCCUGGGUCCAGCGCUCGCGCGCCCUGCUCGAGCGCCACCCUGCGUGCGCGCGGCGCGUGGCGACGGGUGCGCAAGGGGCGCCUGCAGCGAGUGGCGGCUCUCGGGGCGGGGCGGCGACAGUCGGACCUGCGACGGCGGCGGGGGCUGCAGCUGUCGCGCUGCCGUCAGCACUGAUGCUUUGGUCGUUGGGGCGGCUGGGCUUCCACCCUGGGUCCCCCUGGCUGCGCGCGUUUUUCACGGCCACGGCUGGCGGGCAAUUGCUGGGCAGCUGCACCCCGCGCCAGCUGGCGAUGCUGCUGUGGGGCCUGGCGGCGCUGCGAGAGGCGCCGCCGGCGGGCUGGAUGCGGGAGUGGAGGGCGGCAUGGGGCCGCGCCGGGGCGGCGGGGGCCUCGGACGCCGCGGACCAAGCGAUGGUGCGCGCGGCGCUGCGCGCGCUGCGGUGA